AUGACGGCAAAGGAUGGUGCCUCGAGUGGCGUGAAGGCCAUGAAAUUGCACUUUCCGCUAAACAGGUACGUGUUGCUUUUCCUGUACCUGGUGGUGGUAUUGCUAAGAGGAUGCACGUACUGGGGGUGGAACGGCAUCCAGGAGAUGUUAUACAAGUCAGGAGCGUACGUUUGGGAGUGUACCGACCCCUCUCAGGUGACAGAGCUGCGCAUUGGAGGGCAGAGAUACAUAGACUGCCCUGAAAGGAAACAAAUGUUGGGGGGCAUCUUUACCCUCGCCUUGGGUUCGAACAUGUUAUCGUCCUUCCUGGCGGGGAUUGCUCUAGACACUCUGGGGCCUAAGAUUACGCUUUUUAUUGGCAUAUGCAUGGACAUUAUUGGCUGGUUCUUGUUGGGGUUUUCGGGAGAACACUUCAGGGCGUAUUACGCCGCAGCUUUCUGCAUUGGCGUGUCUGCUGACCCCGGUUAUUUGCCCCUUCUCUCCAUCAGCAAGCUGUUCCCCCAGAAUUCGUCGUUUGUCAUUUCAAUUAUGGGCUCGCUGCGUUCCAUCUCCUUUGCUGUGCCCGUGGUGAUGUCGGUCAUAUUUCAAGGCGCAUCUUUCGCCCCUGGCGAUCUGUGGAAGAUGUGCGUCGGCUAUAUUGCGGUAGGACAGGGAAUUGCGCUCUUCGUGUGCCUCCUCUUCGUCCCAAUGGCUUCCUUCACCUUCCCAGUGGAGAACGAGGUCGAGCAGGAAGGGAAGGACAAGGAUUCGCAGUCCACCGUCGCCGUUCCCACCAGAUCUCAAGACAACCGAACAUUUUGGCAAUUGAUUUCAGAUCCAAAGUUUUUGCUGCUGCUGCCGAUCUUCUGCUGCGCCCUGGUGCGGUCCGAUUACUACGCAAAGUCAAACAAGGAGCAGUUGGUGGACUCGAAUGACAAGGACCUCUACCAGAUGUUCGCCAUCUUCAACAUUCUCAGUUUCAUCCCUGGGCCGGUGUUUGGCCGCAUUGCGGACGCCUAUGGCAUCGUGCUGGUGUUAUUCAUGCUCAACACAUCUGGCGUGUUUAUGUUUAUCUUCCUCAUGUUUGACAGUUUGGCCUGCAAGGGCAUCUCGAUUUUCUUUUUCUUCAUCUACACUUCCUUCGUGCUGAGCAACGUCUACUGCUUUAUCUCUAUUCACUUCCCGGAGCAUGCGUUCGGCAAGCUCACAGGGCUAACCUCCGCCACGGGAGGUAUAUUCGUGCUGCUGAGCAUCCUCUGGUACAAGAAGGUAUUGGAGUACGACCCCCCCAACAACUUUGUGGUUGUGGAUGGUAUCAUGGUGGCCGUGGGCCUCAUUGUCUAUGCACUCAUCUUCGUGCUCUGGCGCUUUAGCUCGAGGGAGGCGCGGAGCAAAAACAAAAUAAUGGAGCAGAAAACGCUGGCAGAGUCUGCGGAGCCAGCAUCGACCGUCUCUGUAUGA